AGAGUCCACGAUGUCUCGGAAAAUACCUGCUUCUGUUCUACACACUCAAAGUCUACGUCGAUUCGCUUUGCUUACGUCCGUGUGUCUCUCGCGAGACUGAAGGAUCACAUAAAUCUCGUAGCAAUGGCUGCGCCGCCCGACACGGAGAGUUUGGAGUCUCAUAUCAACAGAGCAACAAAUCCACUAAACAAAGACACAGACUGGAGCAGCAUCCAUGCCUUCUGCGACCAGCUCAACAAUGAUUUGGAGGGACCUCAGCUGGCAACCAGGCUGCUCGCCCACAAGAUCCAGUCCCCACAAGAGUGGGAGGCCAUGCAGGCACUGCUCGUUCUGGAGACAUGUAUGAAAAACUGUGGGAAAAGGUUUCACAGUGAAGUGGGCAAGUUCCGUUUUCUCAAUGAGCUAAUCAAGGUGGUUUCUCCAAAGUAUUUAGGCUCACGGUCCCCUGAGCCUGUCAAACAGAAGGUUUUUGAGUUAAUCUAUAGCUGGACCUUGGGGUUACCGGAUGAGGCCAAGAUUGUGGAUGCCUAUCAGAUGCUGAAGAAACAAGGCAUUAUUAAACAAGACCCAGAGCUGCCACCUGACAAACUACUGAACCUUCCUCCGCCCAGACCUAAGAAUGCCAUUUUUGAGGACGAGGAGAAGUCGAAGAUGCUGUCUCGCCUGUUAAAUAGUUCCCACCCCGAAGACCUAAAAGCUGCAAACAAACUCAUCAAGGAAAUGGUUCAAGAGGAUCAGAAACGAGCAGAGAAGGUGUCGAAGCGAGUGAACGCCAUUUCGGAGGUGAAAGAGAGUGUCUCUUUGCUGACUCAGCUCCUGCAGGACUACGACAGCAGCGCCGCCACUCAGAGCAACACCGAGCUGUUACAGGACCUGUACCAGCGCUGUGAGAAGAUGAGGCCCACGCUCUUCAGGCUGGCAAGUGACACCGAAGACAACGACGAAGCUCUGGCGGAGAUCCUCCAGGCCAACGACAGCCUGACCACCGUCAUCAACCUCUACAAGCAGCAGGUGAAGGGGGAGUCGCCCCCCUCCUUCCCCGAGUUCCCCACCCCAACGGACAGCCUGAACGCGCCCUCGCAGGAGAUGGGGAUCAGUCUCCUUGACGACGAGCUGAUGUCACUCGGUUUGAGUGAAGGAACGCAUCCCUCGCACCCGGAGGACUCCACAGCCUGGGAUUCCUUCCAGGUGAGGGGCGGUGCUUUGAGGAGCCGUGUUGGAACGCAGGUGAUUUUAGUGGAUAUGUUCAUGGCUCCAGCGGCACUCACCUCUCUCUGCCUGCAGUCCUCGGACAGCAUAGACGCAGAUAUCCCCGCAGCUCCCGGCCGUCUGCUGAGCCCCGACCCGCCUCCCCUCCCUCAGCCCCUCUCUGCCGGCUCCACCCCGGGAAACUCUGCCCUGGACGAGCUGGACCUGCUGGGAAAGACCCUGCUGCAGCAGUCUCUGCCGCCGGAGGGCCUGCAGGUCAAAUGGGAUCGGCAGCAGUCAAAACCCACUCUUAGAGAUCUUCAGAGCAAGUCGGGGGCCAGCGUCGCCCCGAAUCCCCUUUCCGCGUUGGCGCCGGAUCAUCCCACUCCUCUUCUCAACUCUCAGCCCAACCCCAAAGCCUCGCUGCUGGAUGAGUCCCCCGCCCACACACAGAGCCCCCCCACACGGGUUUCCCUGACCGACGUUUUUGUACCGCUAGAAUCCAUAAAGCCCAGUAGUCUGUUACCUGUGACCAUUUUCGACGGAAACAGCCUGCGGGUCCUCUUCCACUUUGCUCGGGACUCGCCCCCGUCCCGACCGGACGUGCUGGUGGUCAUCAUCUCCAUGCUGUCCUCGGCGCCCGCUCCGGUCACCAACAUCCACCUCCAGAUAACCGCUCCGCAGUCGAUGGCGGCGAAGCUCCAGCCCCCGUCGGGAACAGAACUCCCAGCUUUUAACCCCAUCCUCCCCCCGGCUGCCGUCACGCAGAUCCUGCUGGUAGCGAACCCAAAAAAGGAGAAGGUCCAGCUGCAGUACAGAUUAACCUUCAGCAUGGGGGAGCAGGAGCACAAUGAAAGCGGGAGUGUAGAACAGUUUCCUCCCCCGGAGAAGUGGGGGAACCUAUAGCACCCAAACACUACCGGACAGACUCUCUGCUUUCAGGCCCAGCACCCCCCCCCCCCCCGCCGCCCAGUCCAGCUCAGCUCGGCACCCCUCAGAACCCGUUUUCCUUCACGAAUCAUGUUGUACUUUCUUUGAUUGGUAUUCUUUUCUAGGAAUUAUCAUCAUACUCGUGCUCAGUCGUUGUAAAGUACGCCCUAAAUUAGUGUGUCUAGGCCUAGUCUGCUGUGUGUGUGUGUGUGUGCG